AUGAAUUCCUUUCUUUCUUUCUUUCUUUCUUUCUUUCUUUCUUUCUUUCUUUUCAAAUAUUCCUCCAUGUUUCUUUCGGUAUUUUUACUUUUUCAUGAAUUCCUCUCUUUCUUUCUUUCUUUCUUUCUUUCUUUCUUUCUUUCUUUCUUUCUUUCUUUCUUUCUUUACUUCCUUCUUUUCCCAUAUUCAUUGUCUUUUCCAUUUCCCCUUUUUCUAUUUGCUCUCGUAAUGCUUUUCCUACCACCAAUCUCUCUUUCUCUCUUUCAUGUUCUCUUUAUCUUCAAAUUCAUCUGUUCCCUCAUCUCUCUCUCUCUCUCUCUAUCUAUCUAUCUAUCUCUCUUUCUCUGUCGAUGUCUGUCUUCCUUCUGUCUUCCUUCUGUCUCUCUUGAUUGUCUGUCUCUCUCUCUGUGUUUUUCUCUGUCUCUCUCUUUCUCUCUAUCUAUUUCUCUCGGUUUCUCUCCGUCUGUCUGUGUUUGUCUCUCUGUAUGUCUGUCUGUCUGUCUCUCUCUGCCUAUCUGUCUGUCUUUCUUUCCAUGUGUCUGUCUCUCUGUCUGUAUCUCUGUCUGUCUGUCUGUCUCUCUGUCUGCCUUUCAUUUUUUGCCUAUCUCUUCGUGUCUCUGUUGCUCUUUGCCUAUCAGUCUGUCUCUCUUUCUAUGUAUCUAUCUCUGUCCCUGUCCAUCUGUCUCUCUCUCACUCUAUGUUUCCUUCCCGACUUCUCACUAUCUUCUAUACACAAGAUGA